CUGUAACCUCUAUAACCAACACUAAAAUGCAAGUGAAUAUUCUGUUUAGUGCAGAAACCCCUCAAGUGACAACACUUGAGGGGUUUCUGAAACAAAUAGGGGAUAAUUUAAAUUUAUGAGAAAUGACAGUUGGUAACACUGAGCCAGUAGCAUUUUCCCACUCAUUCAGUUCUGGUCAGCUGUUGUUUGUUUGUUAAUACUGCUUAUUUAACUAACCUAAACCUAAACUUGUCAGAAAUCUGAGUUAGUGAAUAGUGAUCACAGUUUUGUUUAUUAACUAUACGUGUUUGUCACAAUGAGUGAAAGUUCUGAUGAGGAGCAACAACCACCAAGGAAGAAAAGAGGAACAACACGACCAGAAAGUUAUAAACGUUAUAUCAUACGUGAUGCCAGAGUAAAGGGGGCAGGUUAUGUUUCCUACAAAGGUAAGCAGGUGUCAAGUAAAGUGUUUACCGAGGAUAUAGUUUGUAAGUGUCCAAUCAAAUGUCAUCGUAAGAUAAACAAUGAGUCCAAGAAAAACAUUUGGAACUUUUUUUACUCCCUGGAAACAAAAAAUGCUCAAGAUGUCUACCUUCAAACACUUGUUGAGGCCAAAGAAAUUGGUAGGCGUUCCAAAUGUGGACAAAAUAUUGAAUCAAUGAGUGAAGAACCAAAUGAGCUAAUGGAACAGGACACUAGAAGUUUCAAGAGAAAUCAUACUUAUGUUUAUCAUUUAAAAAUUAACGGUUGUCUUAUACCUGUUUGCAAAAGUGUGUUUUUAAAAGUCCAUGGAAUUUCAGCUGAUCGUAUGAAAAGGAUUUGUCAGCUUUUGCUCCAGGAGAAAAGUCCACGUGACUUGAGGGGCAAAACCCGAAGUGGAAACGCCAUACCAGGAAAUAUCUGUAUACUUAUUGAUCAACAUAUAAAGUCAUAUGAAAUAAAGGAAACUCAUUAUGGUGGUAAGCCAAAGAAAUACUUAGAUGCUCGGCUUACUGUCAAGAAAAUGCAUGAAAUGUUUAUAGAUAAACAUCCUGAUCUAGAAAAAGUUGUAAAAUACAACUUUUAUUACGGCUACUUUAAGGAAAAUUUUAAUUUCUCAUUUGGUCGUCCUCAAGUUGACGUAUGCUGUCAGUGCGAAAGUUUUUCCAGUAAAUUAAAGGAUCCCCUUAUGUGUGACAAUGCUAAACGUAAUGUUGCUGCUGAGCUAAUUCUUCACAAAAGGAGAGCAAAAAAAUUUUAUCAUUCCUUACAGUUAGCAAGUGAAGAUACAAAUGAUGACACUGUUGCUAUAUGUUUUGAUUUUAUGCAGAACCUCCCCCUGCCCCACAUACCCGUACAGGAGGUAUUUUACAUGAGGCAAUUAUGGGUAAACAAUUUUUGUAUUCAUGAUUUGAAAUCAAAUAAGGCCAAGAUGUACGUCUAUCACGAAGGGGAAGGAAACAAAUCUCCCAAUGAGGUGUGUUCUUUUAUUUUUGACUAUAUAAAAACGGAGAUCCCAGAUUCUGUAAAACAUUUGAUCUUAUUCAGUGAUGGACCUUUCGGCCAAAACAAGAACAACACUGUAAUUAGGUUUUUAAUGAAUUUGUGUGACAACUGCAACCUAGAGACAAUCACUUACAACUUCCCAGUACGAGGGCACUCGUACUCUCCUUGUGAUAGGGAUUUUGGUUGUAUAAAGCGUCUCAUAAGAAAGGUAGACAGGAUCUACACCCCUGAAGAAUAUAGAGAACUUAUUUUGAGGGCUAGUAAUACAGGCCGCUUUUCAGUUCACAUGGUUAAAACAGAUGAAAUCUUGAAUUUCAAGGACUGGUGGCCACUUUCUUAUAAAAAGUCCACUUCUGCUUCUGAUGAAACUUCAGGAAGGAAUGUUCCGAAAAAAAGACAAGGAGCCCUUCAAACUUUCAACAUAUAAGCAGUUUUGUUUCAGCUCAAGAACAAAGGGAAAAGUAGUAGUGAAACCGUUUAUUGAUGGUAUGAUUUCAUCUACAUUCACCUUCCUGAAAUGUGAUAAGCCUCCAGAACUACCAAAUCAGCCGGCCUAUCCCCAAGGAAAGGUACCCAUUAACAAGAAAAAGAUACAGGAUUUGAGAAAAUUAACUGAGUACACGAGAGGUUAUGAACAUUUUUAUAAUGCAAUCCUACUGUGGCCUACAACUGACUCUGAAAACCCUGAGGAAGUGGAUCAAGGGUGUGAAUAAGUUGCACUUCUGUCUUUUUAUUUGCAAAUAGAUGUUUUCUCUGUAAUAAAUAAUCAUUUUUGACACUUG